AUGCGCUCAGCACUGGCCGUAUCUGUUCUCGCCCUUGCGGCAUCUGUGACUGCCAAGCAGGAGCUCUGGCAGGAAAAGUAUGGCGGUACGCCCGACCUCCCGUUCUCUGGUGUUGCCGGGUUUGCGCGCCUGCCGCACGCGGUCUGCCUCGAGGAGCCUGGCAGGGGCUUUGAUAUCGCUGUUCUCGGCAUGCCGUUUGACCUGGACGGAGUGCACCCCGCUAAUGCCCAGACGGCCGUCUCCUACCGCCCCGGAGCGCGCUUCGGCCCGCACGCGAUCCGUACGGGCUCGCGCCGUGUUGGCCCCGCGAGGUCGUUCCUCUACCCAUGGGGCUUCAGCAUUGGCCAGGACUCGGAGCUGGACAUUGUGAGUUGUACAACCUGUCCCUCAGCUGACCUCCAGAUUGACUGCAACGACGUGCCCGUGUCGCCGUACGACAACGCACUCGCCAUUGACGAGAUGCAGGUGGCGUACCAGACGCUCAUCAACCGCCCGACCACGUCCAAGAAGACAAAGUACACCUCGGGGCUGGCCAAGGACGGCGAGGAGCACCCGCGUAUCCUCACGCUGGGCGGCGACCACACCAUCGUGCUCCCCAUCCUGGGCGCGCUGCAUAGUGUGUAUGGCCCCAUCUCGGUGCUGCACUUUGACGCGCACCUGGACACUUGGAACGGAAACGAGCUCGGCGGCGCCCACACCGAGCAGCACAAGGUGACCCACGGCACGUUCUUCUGGAAGGCCCACGAGCUGGGAUACAUCAACAACCGGACAUCGGCCCACGCCGGUAUCCGCACCCGCCUGUCUUCGUUCAGCGACCUCCUCCACGACGAGGCUGUGGGCUUCCAGGUCUUCUCGACCGACGACAUUGACGACAUGGGUCCCGAGGGCGUCGCCGCGGCCAUCAAGCGCCGUAUCGGCGACACGCCGUGCUACCUCAGCUUUGACAUUGACACCAUCGACCCGUCCAUGGCGCCUGCCAGUGAGUCACACCGCGACUUGUUUUUGCCUGGCACCCUCAAACUGACCCCCCCUUCCUCCUUUAUAGCCGGCACACCCGAGUCUGGGGGCUGGAGCACGCGCGAGGUCAAGCGCAUCAUCCGCGGCCUGGCGGGACUGAACAUUGUCGGCGCGGACAUUGUCGAGGUGUCGCCUGCAUACGACACCAACGCCGAGCUGACGGCCAUGGCGGCUGCCGACCUGGCGCUCGAGUUCCUCGCGCUCAUGAUCGCGCCGGAUGGGCCUGUACCGGCGUCCAAGAACGGCGAGCUGAACGCUGCCCUCCGUGCGCACACUGCCGCGGGGACCAAGGGACGUGUCAAGCUCGUGGACCAGACGGGUGCGCGGGACGAGCUGUAA